AGGCGACAAGCAGCGAGAUAAUUUUUCCGUAAACUGAAGCAGCACCCCCCUGAUCCUUCAUAAAAAGAAUAAGAAAAGGGCAGGAACUAGCCAAAAUGCAGGGGAAUGAUGGGGCACUUGGGUCUGUACGUCCCGCCCACUUCGGCCUCUCAUUGGUGAAUAUCCUCGGGUCGUGGCGGAGGAGCCCGCUUCAUUGGCUCUCAGUCUCCUGGGGGCGGGUCCGCGGUGCCGACCCCGCCCCCCAGCUGCCGACGUGGGGCCGGCAGUGCGGGCGGAUAGGGACCCGGGUGACCACCCGAAGGGUGAGGCGGGGAUGGGGGGGCUGCGGCUGCUGGCGGUGGCCCUGACGUGCUGCUGGUGGCCGCAGGGCGGCCAGGCUAAGACCCUGCGGGGCAGCUUCAGCAGCGCCGCGGCCCGAGACGCUCAGGGCCAGAGCAUCGGCCACUUCGAGUUCCACGGUGACCAUGCUCUUCUGUGUGUCAGAAUCAACAACAUAGCAGUAGCUGUCGGAAAAGAAGCUAAACUCUACCUAUUCCAAGCCCAGGAAUGGCUAAAACUGCAGGAGAGCAGUCAAGCUUAUAGCUGUAGUGAAAAAUUAUCCAAAGCUCAGUUGACAAUGGCCAUGAACCAGACUGAACAUAAUCUGACGGUGUCCCAGAUUCCUUCUCCACAAACGUGGCAUGUGUUUUAUGCAGACAAGUAUACGUGCAAAGAUGACAAGGAAGAAUCUCAGGCGGAAGAUAUCCCAUUUGAAAUGGUAUUACUAAACCCAGAUGCUGAAGGGAAUCCAUUUAAUCAUUUUGGUGCUGGAGAAUCUGGGUUACAUGAGUUCUUUUUCCUCCUAGUCCUAGUGUACUUUGUGAUUGCUUGCAUUUAUGCUCAAUCAUUGUGGCAGGCUAUUAAGAAAGGAGGACCCAUGCACAUGAUUUUAAAGGUUCUGACAACUGCAUUGCUGUUACAAGCUGGUUCAGCUUUAGCUAAUUACAUUCAUUUCUCCAGUUACUCCAAAGACGGAAUAGGGGUACCGUUUAUGGGAAGUUUGGCAGAAUUUUUUGACAUUGCUUCCCAGAUUCAGAUGUUGUACCUACUAUUGAGUCUGUGCAUGGGCUGGACAAUAGUCAGAAUGAAGAAGUCUCAAAGCAGACCUCUCCAAUGGGAUUCUACCCCUGCAUCCACUGGCAUUGCAGUAUUUAUUGUCAUGACACAGAGUAUUUUGUUACUUUGGGAACAGUUUGAAGAUACCAGUCAUCAUAGCUACCAUUCACACCACAACUUAGCAGGGAUCCUUCUAAUCGUUUUAAGAAUUUGCCUCGCAUUAUCAUUAGGCUGUGGACUCUAUCAGAUCGUCACAGUGGAGAGGAGUACACUCAAGAGGGAGUUCUACAUUACAUUUGCCAAAGGCUGUAUCUUGUGGUUUUUAUGCCAUCCAAGUCUUGUAUGCAUUUCUAUCAUUUUUAGUGACUACCAAAGAGAUAAGGUUAUUACAAUAGGUGUUAUCCUUUGCCAGUCUGUUUCCAUGAUUAUUCUCUACAGACUCUUUCUGUCCCACAGUCUAUACUGGGAAGUUUCUUCACUUUCCUCAGUGACACUACCACUGACCAUAUCAUCUGGACACAAAAGUCGCCCUCAUUUCUGAUACUUGAUUUUUAUUGAAAGGAAAAGUGAAUUGGUUAAAAGAGUGCAAUAAGGAUCCAAAUACAGUGACUUUUUUUUUCAUACAUUUAGUAUGAAAAAUUGAACAGCGAAAGCAGAGCAUGUUAUUUAUAUAACUGCAUUUAAGCAGUACCAGAAUUGAAAAAAGGUAAUAAGUGAAAUGUUUCGAAUAUACUUAAACAAUAAACUUUCAAGAAAGAGUGUUGUUAUAAGAUAAUUGAAGCAAUUUCUAUACGGAAAUAAAUGUGAAAAAUAAUUAUAUCAUAUUUUGGUAAAAUAUUCACCACUUAUAAUGCCUCAUCUUCUAUCAAUAGCUAACUCAGGUUUGAUAAUCUUAUAAAAAGUAAUCAGUUAAAUGAUUACUUACUUAUACAUAUUAAACUAGUCCAGUUAUGAAAUCAGUGUAAUAUACUGAUUUUAAAAACUGCUUCUUUUUUAUGCUUUAAGGAAAAUGCAUUUCUUAUUUGAGUUUAAAGGAAUUGAAACUGAAAUUACUUCAGGAAAUGAAUACAAAAUAUGUUCACAGUUUAAAUGAAUAUGCUUUUGUUUAUUUGUGGGUGGGUUAUUCUCCAUUUUUUUCUAUCACUUUUGGCUCUAGUUCAGGUUUUCGCUUGAUUAGCAAAGAGCCUUUGACAAAUAGUUUAUGAAAAAUAAAACUUAGAUACAUUACACGGAUUGUAAGGACAAAGGAUUUUAAAAUCUGAGCACUUAGGUGAAGGGACAAGCAGGUUUAUGUGUUUGAAAAGAAAGAAGGAAAAGGUACUAUGUGAUAUGGUACUAAAAUUUUAAUCCCGAUAUAAUUCAUUUCUCUUACAUUGAAUCCCCAAUCAUAAUUAAGCCGUAUACACAGAUUAAAUUAACAGAAGCAUUUCACAUAAAUGUUGGUUUCAGUCAUCAACUACCCAUGAAUUACUGCCCAAGGAUACUUAAUCAGGAUUAAAUUUUCUAUGAAUAAUUGAAAAACAAAAUACUCACUGGAUUUGUUAUAAUCCGUAUUGGCACUGGAUUCUAAGUAGUUGCCAUCUUGAAUCCUUUGUAAUAAAGCCAUAUUUUUGUAUGUGUGUGAUGCCCCAGUAUUGAGUGUGCUAGCUAAAAAAUAUCAAGUGCCUGAUUGCUAAAAGGUGGUCCAUACCUGCUGAAUAAAACGAGUACUUCCAUUAAUAGUCACUGAGUGGAAAUUAUUCUGUUGUUGUUUGUCAAGUUAUUCAGGUCUUUUCAUUUUUACCUCUGGCUUAUUUAAAAAAUAUUUUUUUAAUCUACUUACUAGGUUUUUAAGCAAGAAAUGGUGCACGAUCUGGUAAUUAAACUUUUUAAUUAAAUAGUUAAAAUAAUGUCACACAACUUAAAAAUAUCUAUGGCUUUGUCUUUGUUUUUUCUUGCACCUAGUCUCAUUGGAAAUGAAUAGUAUUCUGCUUCAUUUUAAGGGCAAAUGUAUGUGUUUGUGACUAGCAAAAUGGCAAAGUAACAAAGUUCAGCCUGCUCAUUAAAUCUAAUAGUUCCUUGUAAAUCAUUUAAUAGAUGAGAGCUACAGGUUAAGACUAGAAAAGUAUGAGGUAUGUUUUAGGUUUACAUGAUCUGCUGAGUGGUCAUAACCUUUUUCUUUUAUCAUGUCUCAUUAAUAGUCCCAGUUAUUGUCUGUUGUGUUCAAAUGAGGUGCAGUUAAUUAAGCUAAAGAAAAAAAAAGAGGUGAAGCCUUCUCAUAAAUUUUGUGAACUUGCAGCAAUGGAAAAGGAAUAAUCUUUGUGUUAUUUUAUUCAAAGAACGUAGUAACUGUAAUCUACAUAGCUGAAGUUUAUUACUAUGCUUGCUUUUAUGAAACUUUAACAGUUUUUUUACUUUAAUAAUUUUUUAAUUUAUGGUUGAAAUUGGUGAUAAUUUAUUUUAUUAUUCAAGAGCCAUUGUUAUAUGAAGGAAAACAAUUGUUGAUAAAUGUAUAAAACUGCUCUUGAUUAGUAACUGAGGGCAAAAUUUAUAGUUCGUAAGUCAUGACACAGUAUCCCCUCUUUUUCUCUUUCUGAAUGUUUACGUGGAGAUUCACACUGAAGAUUACAGAAAGAUAAGUGUAUAAUGCAAAAUCUAAUUAAAGAUAAAAACUUUUCUGCUUUUCUUCCUCUA